AUGGCGUCGGCGCAAGUUACUUUAGAAGUUCAGCCUCUGGCCGAAGCACUAGCAAAAGGCCAUCGGUUGGCCCUUGGGCCAAUGGUGUUGGCGUAUUUAUAUCGAGGUCUCUACAAUAUGGUGUCACUCAACCCAAUGAAUUGCAAUACUACCGGGCCGAUUUGGUUGUUUCAAUUGUGGCUUCAAGUUUACUUUCCAGAAGUACGGCCAGCUCAUGCUAUAUUUUCUCCUAAUUCUCUUAUUGGAGUAAAUCUUUUAUCUCUACCCCUUUCCGGCCUUAAAGUUGAAGAUUACUUUGGAAUUUUAUACAACUGUGAAGGCCGUUCCCCAGACGAAUUUUCUGUUUGUCUAGACCGAGAAUUUCCUUCUUAUCUUGGGUUGAAACUAAGUUCUCUUUCCCUAGCCGAUAACGGCCAAGCUGCCUUCCGUAAGAGCCUUUGGGCUAGCAUUUUAUUGAGUAGAGACUUACACCUCGGCCUGUCAGUGGGUACACAUGCCAACUACCCAUGCGGGGUUGAGGUUUAUUUCCCUUCUGCGACCGGCCGUCAAUUGGGUUUCACCCAAGCUAUCCCUCUUCCGAUCACAGAAUCUUGCAAUAUGGGCACAUCUCACAGAGCUAAGUUCAAAACAAAAGCUGAAUGUAACGUGAAAUGGCCGUCAACGAUUAAGGAUGCUACUUCCUGCAACUCGGUGAGCGACACCGGUAACGUGGCCAGAGAAAUAAGUUCUGCUUCGCCAGCAUUACCAAAGAAAAUACUGCUCAACAAGCGAAAUCACUCAACCAUGACUGGGGAUUCAUCUAGUCAUAGUCAGGCCGCUGCUUCGGCCAAGCCUAAAGUAGUCUCAAGGCCAAAAUCCCUUGUCAUUCGUACUGGCCGAAAAACUAGCAUGACGUACGAGUCAAGUAGUGAUGAAGAUGAUGAUGGAAUAGCAAAAGCUCCAACAAAACGGCCCAAGAAAGAUCCCGUCAUUGAGGAAAUUAAUGUUGGGAUUUCAAAAACUGUGGCUCUAUCAAAGACUCCAGUCGAAGUUGAAUUUGCUCAACCUAUUCAAGACACUACUGCAAUUACAACACAUGAAAUGAGUGUUCUGCAGCCUAGAAAGAAAGCACUCCCCUCAGAGGCUAUAUUGGAGUCACUUCAAGGCAUGAGAGAUUACUUGGCUACAGCAAAGGCCGCCACCACUUCUUCAUACAAUUCUUCCUUAAAUAUUGCAGCCAAAGCCACUGUCCAAACCAUCCUCGACAAAGACCAUGCAGAUUUAGCUAAUGAAGCUCAACAUACUCGUCUUUGCUCGUCCAUUCAAAGUCUCCUUGAUGCCCAUUUUUUCCCAACUGAGGAGGAACCCACAAUCAAAGGUUUCAUGAAGCAAUUGGCCGAGGGCAUCCAGGCUUACAAUCAAGCCGUGAUGGAGUACAAUGAUGGCCAAGCCUUGAUUGAAAAGAUUCAAUCAACUAGCCAUAUUCUGCAAGCCCAUCUUCAUAUAUGCCACGAGGGAAAAGGAGAACUGGACAAACUUGAGGAGGAGCAGAAAAAGAUUGAGGCCAGAAAAUCAACCAUCCUUGCCAAGAUUGACAAUGCGGUCCAAGACUCUCGGCCACAUCAGGUCAAACUAGAAAAGUUUAUGCAGCAACAGGCCGAUUUCCAAGAGAAAGAAGACGACUACAAGACCUUAAUGAGUACAAGGGCCGAAUUAUGGGUUAACUUCAAAACCAUCAUCCAAAAGCAUCUUUAA